UAAUCACAGAAAAGCACACAGUGUUCACUAGAACGAGAUGAGGAAUAGAAUUAAUUUCCGGAUUUCUCUUGCUCGAGUUUGAUCAUUCGAGAGAAUCCAAUACAAGUGAGCUCAGUGUAAUGCAAAACAGAAUUAUAGCCAGUCAAAAUAGCGCCAAAUUAAGUAGAUCAAGCCGCAGGAAAAACGAAAUGUUAUUUGGCUGUAAUUGAAGCUCCGGGGAAGUCUGCUGUAAUUUCCUGUCAAGAGACAAGCAGCAAAUCCGACCUCCCUUUAAAAAGUUUCAUUUCCAAAACAAGUCCUCUUAGCAAAGCUAAGCUGUGGAAAGAAGUUGAGCUGUGGAAAGCGCCGAGGAGAGGAAACUGCUGUUAAUUUGGGUGGACACAGGCGCUGAUUCUACCGGCAAUGUUAGCCAUCUCGAUUCUUUCAACUGUUAACGCAUUUUGUUCAGUAGCGGGAACAAUUGGAAACCUACUGGUGUGCUUUGUCAUCUACCGCAACGAAGAACUUCAGACAGGUGUCAACUACUUCAUACUCAGUCUCAGUGUUGCUGAUUUCACGGUUUGUUCCAUCGCUCAGCCGUUAUACAUUUACUACUUGAACCAAGAAUGGAACACUCGAGACUUUGAAACUUUCAAGCUGAUCUCGUACAUUGCUUUGCAUUCUUCGUUUCUUAAUCUUUUGUCUCUGACGAUCAAUCGAUUAUUCGCGAUCUGGUUUCCUUUCGAGUAUAUUAUGAUUAUGCGAGGUAGGAACAUUGCGGUGAUCGUGUGUAUUGUGUGGGUGAUUUCAAUUGUGAUGGCACUCGUGUUCACAUCAACCCCUUUAAAAAAACCUGCUCCGUAUUUUCAUUUGGGUAUGCUGCUCGUGUUUCUCGUCGCGUACUUGAAGAUUUAUUGCAUCGCCAGAAAACAACGCCGUCGAAUCGUCUCCCAGUUUCAAUCUAUUUCUUAUAACUACAGAGUCAGCAUGGUACUUCACGAUCAUUUGACAAAUCGAACUUUAGCGAUUUUGAUCAGCGUUUCUAUCGUUCUAUUUUUGCCCGACACAUGGUUCCAACUGGCUGGAAGUAGCGACUAUACGAGAUUCCGCUGGUCUUUCACCACAAUGUUUAUGAGUUCAUUUCUAAAUCCUUGCGUCUACGUAUGGAGAUGUGAAAAGUUUCGCGUGGCGUUAUAUAAGACUUUUGGUUUGUCUCGCCGCGGACGUCGAUCAAAAAAGACCUUUGCAAAUAGGAAACAGGUGAAUAGAAAUAACUCUAAAGGCGUCUCCCUGAGUGUUGACGGAAACAUUGAAAACAGUACAGUAAGAGUCAGAGAUGUAGAAGAUGUAGAAACAAUGUUGUGACAAGGAGAGUUUUCAAUGAAUUGCUGCUGGAAACAAAGCACGUUUCAUUGUUUGAUUUGAAGACUUAAGAUAAAUCAAAAACUGCAAUCGUCAAGUGACGGUGUUUAACAUUUCGUUUUUUUUUUCUCUUAUAUGCGGAAUGUUGUUGCGGAACAUUUCGGUUUUUUUUUCUCUUAUAUGGGGAAUGUUGUCAGUAUCGAGUAGAUUACACAAACGUCGUUCAAGUUCAGCUUAACGUACUUAGCGAGAAAAUAACAGCACUUGUUAAUCAUUUUUGAGAGUUUUCCUGCUAGCCCAUUGACGUGCAGCUGCUCAAUGACUAAUUAAGGAUGGUAAAGCCUUAGAAAACCGGCAACCACGACUGACAACAAGACAUCCAAAUUUACUGCUCUUUUUUAGCUGCUUUUAUCAUUGACGCAAACGGAAGGCAGUCAGCUGAAUUUUCUCAUUUUUACCCCACGCUAUGGCAAAAUGGAAUGACUCAAGAUACGUGAUAAGAGCCUUAGGCAGCUGUUUUUCACUUCAAUUUACAACAUUUCGUGAUCUCCAAUUGUUUUAGCUAGCUGAUCACGGACUAAACUUUCAUUGGUAAGAGAUCUUAUAGUGGUCAAUAGCCUUAGUAGGUUUGUCGGCUCCGGGGCUGUCGUUUAAUCAUUUCUGUAUUUGUUCCACUGAGGAAAUCCUGUGGUCGUGAAUUUCAUCCUUUAACAAAUCAUCAGACUGUGAACAUCACUCCUGAAGCAAGAUUAAUUAGAAUCAGUUGGGUAAUUUAGAUUCUGCACGCACACUGAUUGGCUAAUAGUCCAUGCACGUUUCAUCUGAUUAGAACAUAAAAUGUGGAAGAUCAUUUCUAACAUAAGGCAUGUAAGGAGGCGAAAGCUAAGUUUUAACAGUCUCAAAUCAAAGUGGCCAACUGAAAACACUUGUUAAGUGAGGAAAGGCGAAUACCACCCACCUAUGGCUGAUGACAUACCGUCGAAAUUCCCUUCUUCCGUGUUCUGAACAUCCCUUUGUAUAAUUUUCCGCCUAUGUUUGUCAAAAUAAAAUAGUACUUAUGUUUUUACAAAUUUAAAUAACGAAUGCCUCUUUUUGGUUGAAAUAGCGCAGCAAAUUCUCUUCCCAAGAAAAAGAUCCACACUCUACCUCAGAUCAACAUUUCCUCUUCAGCGGGAGGCCUAAAAUCUGAAAAAAAAACUAUAUUUAAUGCUAGAAUGGUCACGAAAGUAUGCCCUGUUCUUGAUAAGCAUUUUCAAUGUCUCUCCUCGGAAUAUAAUGUUGUUAUGAGUCUGGUAUAUAAUGUUAGUAUGACUGGUCCGGUAGAACUCAUAACCCUGUUUUCGAAUCUUCUUCCUGUUUUCGAGAAGUUAAGAAAACGCGAAGUACCCAGUACAUAUUUUUACUCAUCCUCUUUCCCCUUCGGCAACGUUUUCUGUUUGCUACCUAGCCACGAUAAUGUACAUCUCAUUUUACGGGCAAAAUUUGUUUUCCCAAGACGUUAUGAUCGAUGCCUCAGCAAAGAGUUGCGGCGGUGAAGAACAGAAACAGCGUACUUUAGCAAGCUUUAACAGGAGCCCUGGCUUUAAAAGCAUUAUUUGCGCGGUCAAAGGAAAUUUACAGCUUGUUAUCAUAAUAAACAAGUGAUUUGUCUUUUUUUCGUUGCAACAGUUUCUUAUGGAAAUAGGAAGCUCUUCCUCCAUAUUUCCAACUUGUCUUUUGGG